CAGAGGGGCAGUGACGUGGAGAGCAGCAGAGCUCGCGCAGCGCAGACGAGGCUCGGUUCAGUCCGGACUUCACGGAGGACCGUCAGCACCGGGACCGUCAGCCAGGGAGUGAAUACGCGCCGUUAGUCGCCUGAAGUACCCGGGAACAGCAGCGGGAGACCCCGGGGAGCAGCACGGAUACACCCGCGGGCACAUGGAAACGAUAUGUAGCUGGAAACUCGGCGGCGGACUGAAGCAAAGUUUGACCGGAGAGGAGGCGAAGUGAGCGGCGAGACAAACAUGCUCACCCCGGUGCUGGCCUCCCUGCUGCCGCUCCUGCUCCUCUGUCGGAUCUCUAUCUGCCAGUACUCAAGCGACCAGUGCAGCUGGAAGGGCAGCGGUCUGACUCAUGAAGGCCACGCCAGAGACGUGGAGCAGGUGUACCUGCGCUGCUCUCAGGGCUCCCUGGAGUGGCUCUACCCCACGGGCGCCAUCAUCGUCAACCUCCGACCCAACAUGGUGUCCCCGGCCGCCGCCCGCCUCUCCGUCUGCAUCAAACCCUCUGCGGACUCCAGAGGCACCAACAUCUACCUGGACCGCAACGGCAAGCUGCGGCUGCUGCUGCGCGAGCAGGACCAGGCUCAGGGCAAGGUGCAGUGCUUCAGCAUCCAGGAGGGGGCGCUCUUCAUCGAGGCCGUCCCGCACAUGGACAUCAGCCGGCGGAUCACGGCGUUCCAGUACGAGCUGGUCAGCGACAGGCUGGGACCGGAGGCACACACAGCGGGCGCGCCCUGUCAGCCCUGCAGCGACGCUGAGAUGCUUCUAGCAGUCUGCACCAAUGACUUUGUGGCGCGGGGCAGCAUGAAGAAGGUGGAGCAGGAGGAGGAGCACACCACCGUCACCGUGGAGCUCAGCCGCCUCUACAGACAGAAGGUCCAGGUCUUCGUGUCGGGAGGCGUGAGGGUACGGAGCUGGACCGGCCGCAUCAAGAUGCCCCUGCAGUGUGGGGUGAGAGCCGGCGAGGGCGAGUUCCUCUUCACGGGGACGGUGAGGUUCGGGGAGGCCUGGAUGAGCUGCGCGCCGCGUUACAAAGACUUCCUGCGGUUGUACGACGAGGCGCAGCAGCACGGGACCAACCCCUGUCACGUGGACACGGACUGAACAUGUUACCUGCUCACGCUUGGAUAUAAGACAAGUCCUCACUGGGUGGCGAGGAGAGCUGAACCAGGACUGACGCAGCCUCCCUCCUCUCCUGCUGUCUCGUGACUGUGGAGACAAAGACUGGAGCUCCUGAAUGUUGCCAAGCAGCUCGCUGGAUGGACUCGAGAGUCGAAACUUGAUGCGAUGUGGAAUGUGUUCGGACUGCCCUGUAUCUCGCAGACGAGGAACUCCCAGGUGUUUAAAUGUAGCAAAAACUUUUGUGUUUUAAUGUGUAUAAAAUGUGAAUGAACGUUGUAUAUUUUGAAGCUCUGCGUUGCUUUGUACAAAGCUCGAUGUACAGUCCUGAAGUUAUUUCUUAUGACAGAAAUGUAAAAAGUGAAAAGCCUCUUAUUUUUAUUUUUGUUUAAAAAAUGAUUCGCAAUUUAAUGCCUGGAAAUGUGUUUUGUUUUUUUUAUUUUAAUUCUAUUCAGGCCGUUCAAUUGUAAAAAAAACAAAAACAAACCAAA